AUGGCUGAGAAUGAUAACGAAGUUGUAUAUCUGAGAGUUCAUCUACACAAUAAUGGUGUAUUUGUUCGACAUCCUUCUGGAUAUGUUGGUGGGAAUAACUUCCUCUUCACUGAUGUUGAUUGGGCAGGUAUGUAUGUAAGGGACUUUUUUGACUUUAUUCAUAGAGCUACCGGGGAAGAGUUUCAAAACAUCUACUACUGCUUACCUAACAUCCCUUUAUCUAGAGGGAUUCGUCCCAUUGUAGAUGAUUUGGAUUUUGCCCAGUUUAUAGAUAACGGGUAUGAAUACGGGGAAAUUUCAUUUGAUGUUGAUCAUAAUGGGAAUGGGUUGGAGGAAUGGUGGGAUGAUGACAUGAAUCUGGUUGUUAGUGAAGAUAAUGAAGUGGCCUUAAAGAUGAUGGUGUACCUCAAAAAGAAUAAAACACUGCCCCUGAUGAAACCCAUCCCAAUGUAG